AUGGUGGUGGUGGGGCAACGGCAAAGGGCAGGGGGACCGGGCUACCUGGCUCACAGCCCCACCAAAGCCAAGGCCCCUGCCUACACAUUUCAAGGGGCCAAGCCUCCCGCCGCAGACAGCUGCUCCCCGGGCCCUCGCUACUGCAUCCAGCCCUCCAUCGCCAGGAACGGGAAUUACGUGGCUCCAGUGCAGCACAUCUGCAGGCUUCCCGAGAUCAAGACCCAGGUCGCCCCCAGGCCAAGCGACUACUCCACCGACAAGGCUGACAAACACCCCUACAAACGCCCGCCGGUGCAGUCCAUGGCCUUCCGGCUGUGA